AUCUAUCGAAAUCCUUCAAUCAUCGACAGGUUUCCAUUUCGCUUCCAGGGACUCUGGGUUUUAAUCUGCUUUUUAACAGCUCAGUUUUUUUAUGUGAUAGAAGAACACAGUAGCAUAACUCUGCCUCGGCAAGAUGUCGGGCAAGGAGGCAACCAUCUUCGUCGUUGACCAUGGCGCUUCCAUGGGCAGGAAGAGCAAUGGAAGAAACGAAAGCGACCUGGACUUUGCGAUGAGAUAUGUCUGGGAUUCUCUUGCUACGAUUAUGAUCACUGGACGGACUACUCUCACAGUUGGAAUUGUUGGGUUUAGGACCGAUGAGACGAACAACGCCUUGGAGGGGGAGGAAGGGUACAACAACAUCUCCAUUAUGCAGCCUCUAGGACCCAUAAAAGUGCCGGAUCUGAAAAAACUGCAGAAGAGUGUCAAACCAAGCAAGUCGGAUGUGGGAGAUGCGGUUUCGGCGAUCAUAAUUGCUAUUGAUAUGAUGGAGCGAUUCACGAAGAAGUUGAAGUAUGCGAGGAAGAUUGUUCUGGUCACCAAUGGGACGGGCUUGAUGGACUCUGAUGAUCUGGAUGAGACGUCUUCAAAGCUGAAUGAAGAUGGCAUAGAAUUGGUAGUCUUGGGCGUUGACUUUGAUGACCUCGAGUUUGGCUUUAAGGAGGAAGACAAGGAUUCGCUGAAGGCUGGCAAUGAGAAGGUUUUGAGAAGUCUUGCGGACAAAUGUGAAAAGUCAAUAUUUGGCACUGCGGCAGAGGCGGUCCAGGACUUAUCCAUACCGCGCGUCAAGGAUUACAGACCGUAUGCGACUUUCAAGGGCCAGCUCACGUUAGGGGACCCUGAGAAGUACGAUACCGCUAUGUGUAUUGAUAUCGAGCGCUAUUUCCGCACCAAGGUCGCCAAACCGCCUUCUGCCAGCAGUUACGUUGUGGCGGAAAUGGCUGGUGACAACGAGGGCGAUGUUAAGAUGGAAGACAUUUCAGCCCAAGGUGAUGCACUUACCUCGGUGAAGAAUGCAAGGACAUACAAGAUAGUGGAUGAGUCUGCGCCUGGCGGGAAGAGAGAUGUCGACAGAGAUGAUCUUGCUCAAGGGUUCGAGUAUGGCCGGACCGCAGUUGCUAUCGCCGAGUCAGACCAGAACAUAACGAAGCUGGAGACAGUGGCAAGCUUCUCGAUCGUAGGAUUCAUACCAGCCGAAAGGUACGAGCGAUAUUUCAACAUGGGCGAAAGCUGUGUUACUGUUGCUGCGAGGUCGAAUGAAAAGGCUCGACUUGCGCUCUCAUCUCUCGUUCAUUCACUUGCAGAACUGGAGUCAUAUGCCGUCGCUCGCAUCGUCUUGAAAGACGGUAAAGACCCCCAGCUUGUCCUCCUGUCGCCAUCCAUCGAGCCAGACCUCGAGUCUCUGAUUGACGUGCCUCUUCCCUUCGCCGAGGAUGUUCGCCUGUACCGAUUCCCUCCACUUGACCGCGUCAUCACACUAUCUGGCCAGACCAUGACCAAACACCGCAACCUCCCUACAGAUGAUCUCACCAGGGCCAUGUCAGCCUAUGUUGACGCCAUGGACAUCUCAACAUUUGGCAAGGAUGACGAGGGCAACCCCGUAGAAUACAUGGCCAUCGAAGACACAUACUCUCCCGUCCUCCACCGCAUCAACCAAGCCAUCCGUCGCCGCGCCGUGCAACCCGACGAGCCGGUCCAACCUCCUCCCGAAGUUCUCAUGAAAUACUCGAAACCCCCAGCCGAUCUCGUCAAGGCCAGCGCAACUGAGCUUGAAGCCCUCAUCAAAGCCGCCGACGUCAAGAAAGUGCCACCGAAGGCCAAGGGCCGCCGCGCAAAGGAGGCCAUCAAGCCCCUGUCAGGUCUCAAUGUCGACGCCCUGCUCAGCCGCGAGGAGAGGUCCGAAAUCAACUCUGAUAAUGCUAUUCCGGAAUAUAAGCAGCGUCUUGGCACGGCAGAGGAUAUCACAACGAUCGAAUCAGCCAGCAAGGAGAUGGAUGGGAUCAUACGCUCCUUGGUCGAGCAUAGCCUCGGCGACAGCGGUUAUGGGCAGGCUAUUGCGAAUUUGGGUGUGAUGCGGGACGAGCUGGCGAGUCUGGAAAUGCCGGAGGUGUAUAAUUCGUUUAUACGGCGACUGAAGGAGGAUCUACUGAAAGAGAAGUUAGGGGGUGAUCGGAGAGAGCUGUGGUGGGAGAUUAAGAAGGCGAGGCUUGGGUUGGUGGACAAGCGGAAAACGGAGGUUAGCACGGUGAGCGAGGAGGAAGCAACGGAGUUCUAUGCUGUGACGAGCGAUAUACCGAUGCGUGCGAAAUAGUUAAUUUUGCUACUGUGCUUGUUCGAUAUGUAAGACCACAUUGAGGAAUUCGAUGUUCUAGCCAUAGUACUUGUGUGCAAAGCUGGGAAUUGAUGAUGCAAUUAAAGACAGCAAACUUGAUGCUUUUAUCUUAAUUUUUGAGUAACGAGCUUGUUGAAGAGCUCCAAUAAUAUCUAGG